AUGGGUAAAAGAAAUCAUACUACUGCUUCUACUGAAGAAGAUGUGCUUAAAUUGCAACAAAUCUCGCAUGUGGAAAAUACUGACAAGUGCACUUUAAAGUGGUUACUUUCAGUUGACAGAUUUUGUGAAAUUAUUGGAUAUGAUAAAGGUAUCAAAAAAAUUGAUACAGCCAUGGAAUUAGAUGAUUACAAAGCAGAAAGUGUUCACAAUUGUUAUGCAUCUAUAGCUCAUUACCUAAAGGAAAACAGUGAAAUCAAGCCAUGUAAGUUAUGGGAUUUUAAUCAUUUUGAAAAGAUGUCAAGAAUGCUUGAUGAUAAGAUGAAGAAACUUCAAAAUGCAGGGCUAGAAAAAACAAAGCAAGCAUCUGCAUUAAGUGCUAAAAAAAUUGUGCAAAUUCUUGAACACAAAACAAUGCAACUUGAUACAAAUAAAGCAUUGCUAGAACCACCAGAAGAAGCACCACAACUAGAAGCACUACUGAGAUUAUCUUCAGAACCAUCACCAAGACAAUCUAUUGAAUCUUCACAAGUUCCCCAAACACCACAAAUUACCCAAGUUCUCCAGAUGCCACAACCUUUAUGCAUUCCUAUACUUUUAUCAUCAAGACCUUCUGCAGAUCCAAGAUCACAUUUGGGUGAUAUUUCUAAUCACAUUACAACUGUAACUUAUGAAGAUAUUAGAAAUUUAAUGAUA